AUGGCAUUACCCGCAGAGCAGCGGAAGAAGAUCCUCAAGGUCUUGAUGACCUCGCUACUCUUGGAUUUGAUAUCCUUUACUUUCAUUCUACCACUCUUCCCUUCCCUACUUACUUUCUACCGCAAUCAAGAUCCGUCUCCCAACUCGCUCCUCAACCGCUUGUUCCACUAUCUGAACGCCUAUAAGAACUCAUUUGCGAAACCCAUCGAUUCACGCUAUGACAUAGUUCUUCUGGGAGGCGCACUUGGCUCGCUUUUUUCUUUCUUGCAGGCACUUGCAGCGCCAUUCAUUGGCCGCCUGUCAGAUAAACACGGCCGCAAGACCGCUCUCCUCUGCUCUAUGGUCGGUAACACCCUGAGCGUAGCUCUUUGGGUUACCGCGACAGACUUCCGAACUUUCCUCGCUAGUCGAAUUGUCGGUGGCCUCAGUGAGGGCAACGUGCAGCUCGCAAAUGCUAUUGCCACUGAUAUCAGCGACCCCGGCCAGCGUGGCUCAACCAUGGCCCUUGUUGGCGUCUGUUUCAGUAUCGCCUUUACUUUCGGGCCCGCGCUCGGCGCAGCCCUCUCCAACAUCACCACCGUUGCCGCCAAUCCCUUUGCGACGGCCGCGGGCGUUUCGCUUCUCUUGAUCGUCGUUGAAACCGCCUAUCUGUACUUCUGUCUCCCAGAGACCCAUCCUCGUUUUACCAAGCUGGUUCAUGCCCUCAACACGAACAACACCAAGAACAACAACAAAAACAAUAACGAAGCCCAACCAUUCACCACGCCAGCCCAUUCCGCGGAGCCUCAGGAACACACAAACAACCCCGCGCUCCUCAAUCUGAUCCAUUUGCUAUUCCUCCUCCCUUUCUCGGGCCUCGAAUUUUCCCUCCCCUUCCUGACUGCCACUUUCUACGCGGGAAAUAAAUCCAGCCCCUCCGCCCUCAACGGCCGUCUGCUCUCCAUGAUGGGUCUGAUUGCCUCCCUCCUCCAGGGCACCGUGGUGCGCCGCCUGCCCCCGCUCAAAACCGUGCGCAUCGGCGUCGUCGCAUGCACGAUCUCUUUCUUUAUGCUUGCGCGCGUCUCCUCGCUGGGAGGCCUCUACGCUGCGGGCGGGCUAUUAGCUAUUACCAGUGCGACGGUCGUCACCGGGCUAAACAGCUUGGGGAGCUUCGAGGCCCAAGAGGAGAAUCGUGGUGCCGUGUUAGGGAAGUUGCGGAGUUGGGGACAGGUUGGACGCGCGGCUGGACCGCUGUUGUUCUGUUCCUUGUUCUGGUGGAUGGGCCGGGAGGUGGCCUACACGGUUGGCGGAUGUGCCAUGUUGGUGGUCUGUGGAGGGGUGUUUGUUUUGCUGAGGGAGCCGGUCGUUGGUGGACAGAAGGAGUCCAAGAAGAAGAAUUAG